CUUCCUCGUCCUUCCCGAUCCGUCCCCUCGCGAUGCUCCCCUCCUCGAACUCCGGGCAGGCGAGCGCAGGUGAUGUCGGUGCGCAGGCGGGGGCGCCAGACCCCGCGGACGAGAGCUUCCUUGCCUCCGUCGCAAGCAUCUGGGAUGCGGAGAUUAGCGAUCUCACGACCGCCGACGCGCCACUUGCCGACACCGCACUCGCACCCGACACCGUACUCGACGCGGAGGCCGCUGCGCUGACGCUGCCCACCCCGGACUCGUGUUCCCCCUCCAACCAGGACACGCCUGAAGUGACGGCCACACCCAGCGCGCACCAUGACACCACCCCCGCAUCCACGAUGAUCAGCAUGUCGACGACCUUCACCUCGGUCGCCACGCACGGCGGCGUGCCCCCCGACGUCGUCCUCGUCUCCACCGACGGCGUCUACUUCUACGUCAACCGCGCUCUGCUCGCCAGCGCCUCCGCGAACUACUUCGCCGCCCUGCUGCCGCCCUCCGUCCGAUCGCCGGACGGCUUCCCGCUCGCGCACACACAGGAUGCAUCCGACGUGCUCAACAUCAUCUUGCACGCCGUGUACGACAUGUCCCCCGCGCGGUACGCGCCGCCCGUCACGACGCUGCUCGCCGCGCUCGACCGACUGCCCGCGUACGGCAUGCUCCCCGCGCAGCACGUCGUGCCCCCGCGCGCGCUGUACGCGGUCCUGCUGGCGCAGGCGCCCCUCGCGCCGCUCGCGGUAUAUACGGCCGCGGCGCACUAUGGGCUGAACGACCUUGCGGUCGCCGUGUCGUCGCACCUGCUGUCCUUCCCGCUCCCCGCGCUGACGGACGCACAGGCCGAGGCGAUGGGCGCGAUAUACUUGAAGCGGCUGUUCAUGCUGCACAAGCAGCGCGUGGAUGCCCUGAAAGGCGUCCUCGCGCAGGCGCCGUACCCACAUCCGGAGACUGAGAUCUGCACUUUUGCGGACCAGAAAAAGAUUGCAAGGGCGUGGCAGUUGGCAGCGACGUACCUCGUGGCGGAAGCUCAACCAGACUUGCCACCAAGCAGGAUGGAAGCGACGGUAAACUCGCUGAUGGUGGGCAUGGCGUGUGAGGACUGCAAAGAGGCGCUAAGAAAGCGCCUACAGAAAGCCGUUGUGGAGUGGACUAUGCUGCCGUUGAACUUUGACGUCACGUCUAGUCGUCGUCAAGCGUUUUCUAGUCGACACCGAGCGUACUCUAGCCAUCGCCGAACGUAUUCGGGCCACCUCGAGCUGCGGGAUAUGCAGGACGUUCUUCAGCGAUUUCCAACGCCGCCACCGACUAAGGAGAAGGAGAAGCUCAUCUUACGGGCGGCUGAGGCGCCUAAGAGGCAGCCACUUAUACUAGUGGAUUGCGCGGAAAGUUGGGCGCAUACAAAAGCUACUGCUUCUACGUCUCAGGGCCGUCAUGCUGCUCACAGCCUGUCCAAGGCAGUACACACUCAGCGGGCCGAGACCAGUGAGGCCCGCAGGCACCAAAGAUAUACGGAGGCGGAACGUGCGCUCGAACGAUCUCUGCGCUCCCUGGCAUCACCCGAGGAGCACGAUCGCGCUCUACGUACAACCGCAUCCCUUCUCGGCCAGCUGUCCAAGACCACGGAGGAGGCCACUCGCCAAGCUCAAAUUCUCCUCGCCUCCAGCGACCUCCACGGCCCUGCCCUCUAUGCGGCGAAGCGCGAGCGGUGGAUAUGGGAGCUCCGACAACGGCAGGCGCGAGAAGCAGCUGCGCGUCUACAACAAGCCCCUGCGGCGCCGGUAGUAGACCGACGACAAGCCAACCUCGCACGCUUCCUCGAAUCCUCAGAGCACCGGCUGUCCACCCGCCCGGCCCCGCGGCUGAAGAGGC